AUGGAUCGGUUACCGCCGCCACCCGGACUUAACCUUACUGAAAACUUAGCGGAGAACUGGGGAAGAUUCGAACAGCAGUACGAUGUUUACGCUGUAGCGAGCGGUGUCGCAAGCAAAGGAGACAAAGUCCAGGGGAUGACCCUACUCCACGUAUUAGGACCGGACGCCAUUGAUGUCUACAACACGUUCACGUGGACGGAAAACGACGAUAAGACUAAGGUAGCAGAUAUCAAAAAGAAAUUUAAGGAAUAUUGCAAUCCUAGGAAAAAUGUAACCUACGAGAGGCACAGUUUUAACACAAGAUCUCAGAAGGAGGGAGAACCGGUCGACGCAUUUGUGACUGAGCUCAAACAAAAGGCAAGUGUAUGUGAAUUUGGUGAACUGAGAGAUUCUUUAAUAAGAGAUCGAAUCGUUUGUGGAAUUCGAAGUGAUACUGUGCGUGCCAGAUUGUUACGAGAACGAGAACUCACACUGCAGAGUGCCAUAGACAUUUGUAGGGCAGCGGAAGUGUCGGAAUCGCAGCUCCGAGAAAUGGGAGACGAGAAAAACGUUCACGCAGUGAGAGACAAGAAGCAGAGGUACAAACAGAAGGAUGCGCAACCCCAACACAAAGAGAGCCGUGAAGACUCAGAUGAUGACUUUUUCAUGCAUUCUAUUGACACACACAAGGAUGAUGAUUGGACAAUGAAGCUACUAGUCAAUGAUGCAAAACCUAUUAACUUUAAAAUUGACACUGGAGCCCAGUGCAACGUCAUGAGUUUAAAAGCGUGCAAGUAUGCCAACAUUGACACUAAACAGUUAAUGCGUAGCAACAGUAAAUUAGUUUCCUACUCUGGACAUGCCGUUAAAGCCUGUGGAAAAGUACGCACGUCAGUGAGACACAAGGACCAGUAUUUUCUUCUAGAAAUACAGAUUGUUGAUGAUGACGUCCAACCUGUUCUUGGACUCAAGUCCAGCAUUGACUUGAACUUAGUGAAUCGUGUCUAUACAGUGAAGAAGAAUCAAAGUACCAAAAGUGCAGAAAGACUGUUGAAAGAAUAUGAUCAUCUAUUUCAUGGAAUUGGAUGUCUUCCAGGAAAAUAUGACAUCAAGGUUGAUUCCAGCAUACCACCAGUAGUUGCACCACCUCGGAGAAUACCACAUACUUUGAAGGACAAAGUUUUAGAAGAACUACAGAGGAUGGAAUCUAUGAAGAUAAUCUCGAAAGUGGAAACCCCAACGCAGUGGGUCAGCCCUAUUGUAGUCGUCAAGAAACCAAAUGGAAAAGUCAGGAUUUGUUUGGAUCUGCGAGAACUGAAUAAGGCUAUUUUAAGGGAACACUAUCCACUUAAGACUGUCGAAGAAGUGGCUGCUAACCUUAAGCAUGCGAAGCAUUUCACAACUCUGGAUGCCGCUUCAGGAUUCUAUCAAAUACAGCUGACCGAGGAGAGUUCGUGGCUUACAACAUUCAAUACGCCAUUUGGAAGAUUUAAGUUCGAGAGACUUCCGUUUGGAAUAUCGUCAGCGCCGGAAGUGUUUCAGAGGGCCAUGUCUCAUGUAUUUGAAAAUCAGCCUUGUGAAGUGAUUGCAGAUGACAUUUUGAUAUGGGCAGAUAGUGAACAGGAACAAUUAGAAAAGCUAAGUCAAAUACUGAAGAGAGCUGAGGAUGUUGGAUUACGUUUCAACAAAGACAAGUGCAAAGUAAACAAAUCAGAAGUUGAGUAUGUAGGACAUGUUUUCAGUUCAAAUGGUGUGAAGCCCAGUGGUGAAAAAAUCAAAGCAAUUCUAGCAAUUCCAGCACCGGAAAACAAGAAGGAACUACAGCGAUUCAUGGGGAUGAUCAAUUACAUAGGAAAGUUUAUUCCAAACUUGUCAACCAGGAAUCAAUCACUCAGACAGUUGCUAGAAACCGACGUCGCAUGGCACUGGAGUGACGAACAAGAAAAAGCCUUUAAUGAUCUAAAGGGAGCAAUAACGUCAACGCCGACAUUGAAAUAUUUCGACGUUAAUGAGGAUGUCAAACUUUCCGUCGAUGCCUCGUCAUAUGGACUUGGUGCGUGCAUCAUGCAGAAGGAGCAAUCUGUAGCUUAUGCAUCGAGAGCCCUGAAUACAGCGGAGAGAAACUAUGCACAAAUCGAAAAAGAGAUGCUUGGAAUCGUGUAUGGACUACAGAAAUUCAACGAGUAUGUGUAUGGUAAAGCAGUUUUAGUGGAAACAGACCACAAACCACUAGAGAGCCUGUUUAAAAAACCAUUGUCGAGUGCACCUCCACGACUUCAACGUAUGAUGUUGAAAGUUCAGCAACAUGACUUAGUGGUGAAAUACAAGGCUGGCAAGGAACUCUACAUUGCGGAUACAUUGUCAAGAUCGACAGGAUCAGAUCCAGCUGAGAAGCACGAGGAACAGUACGAAGUUCAUGUGAUAGAGACUAUUCCUGUUAGCCAGGAAAAGGUGAUGUUAUUUCAGAGUGAAACCAAAAAAGACCCUGUUCUCAUGAAACUGAAGGACACAGUUCUACAGGGAUGGCCAACGAUCCGGAAGGAUUUAGACAGUGAACUUACUCCAUACUGGAACUUUAGAGAUGAGAUAAGCAUUGUUGAUGGCUUAUUGUUGAAAGGAGAUCGUAUCAUUACACCAGAGCAACUUAGACCCCAGAUGUUGAAAAUUCUACACAGCAGUCACCUGGGACAAGAGAAAUGUAUACAGCGAGCUAAAUCAACAUUGUUUUGGCCAGGAAUAAUCAUGCAGUUGAAGGACAUGAUAGAACAGUGCAACAUUUGCAACCGCUACAGAAAUGCGCAGCAAAAGGAGCCAAUGAUACCACAUGAGAUCCCAAAUUGUCCUUGGCAGAAAGUUGCAGCAGACUUCAUAGAAGCCAACCGCUUACAAGAUGGGAAAGCCGCCACCGUUAUCAACAUUCUGAAGCAACACUUUGCUCGACUAGGAAUCCCUGAAGAGUUCAUUAGUGACAAUGGACCGGAAUUCGCAAACCAUGAAUUCAAAACCUUUUCGAAGGAAUACGACUUCCGUCAUAUUACAUCUUCGCCGAGAUAUCCACAGAGCAAUGGUAUGGCUGAAAGAGCUGUACAGACCAUCAAAAACCUGUUUAGGAAGGCACAGGAUGACCACAAGGAUCCGUAUAUUGCGCUUAUGGAGUUGAGGAAUUCAGAAAUACCAGGAGUGAAACUUUCACCAGCACAGCUUCUAUUUGGACGAACCACAAGGACGCUAGUACCAACCGUCAAAUCCAAAUUGCGACUGAUGGGAUUUAACUCAGAACUUGUUCGCGAGGAACUCCAGGUCAUUAAAGAUGCACAAAAGUCUCUUUACGACCGCAACUCAAAACCUCUUAAACCACUUGACAACGGAGAUGUAGUACGUGUUAGGAUUCCAGGACAGUCUAUCAAAACACCAGGAAGAAUCGUUAGAGCUGCAGAAACACCGAGAUCGUAUUUCGUACAACAAGGGAAUACCACCGUGAGGAGGAACCGCCGAGACCUUAUCAAAACGAAAGAACUGAGUACAGAACAACCAGUAGAUACCGAAGAGUAUGUUAAUGGUCACUGUGAUUCGUUUUGUGAUAAUUCUAACCGUAUGAAUGGUCCGUCUGUCAAUUCUGGAGAUGAAACAACGAGUGUUACCACAUCGAGUGGUCGGGUCAUCAAAGCACCUCGCAGGCUGGUGACGGAGUGUUAA